AUGGUCGACGAAAAACAUCGCUACGAUCCCGCAGAAAGCCUGCCCAUCCCCACCUAUGAGGAAGCCACCUCGUCGCGCCCGGGCUCCUCCCGCUCACACCUUGGCCCCGAUGAAGUCAGCGACGACGCCGAGCGGCAAGGCCUGCUGGGCCGCGCCGGAACCGUAGGAGGAGGGAGUGGAGGGAGUGCGUCGCGCAGGCCCGAUGGCUACCAGCACCCCACGGUCGAAUCCGUGCGAGGCAGCAUGGAGAGCGACCUGUCGCUGCCGGACAUGGUGUCGGAGAGCGACGAAGGCGAGGCCGGCUUGCAUCGUGAGAUGGAGCAGCUCGAGGUCAUCGACGGCGACAACCACAACCAGCGCGGCACCCGGCGUGCGCGCAUCCACAUGGGCUUCUCCAAGCGCAUCGCCAGCAUCGGCCAGACGCUGUCGUCGAUACGCAUGCCGCGCUGGCGCUCGCCCCUCAGCCUCAGCCUCCCCAACAUGUCUGCCAUCACCUCGCGCCUGCCUGAUGUCGACUUCCGGCCCAGCUACGUUGUCGUCUUCCGCCUGUUCGGCGUCCUGCUCAUCGCCACGCUGACAUACGCCCUCCUCAUCACCACCGUCUCUCCCUUGGGCCACAACGGCCUCGGCGCCGCCUUCAACCCCGAAUGGACGCGCCAGUUCGUCCAAUCGAGCAUCUCCCCGGACCGCAUCGCCGAUAAUUUGUACAAGAUCACGAGCGUCGACCACGUUGCCGGCAGCAAGGGUAAUAAGUAUUUGGCGGAUUGGAUCGAGCGCUACUUCCGGAGCGCUGGAAUGGACGAGGUCGCGCAGCUCGAUUACAACGUUUACCUGAACUACCCCACCAAGGGCGGACGGAGAGUCGCUAUCGUAGAGCCCCCGGAGCUGCGGUGGGAGGCGAUGCUGGAGGAAGAUAUGGCCAAGGAAGGUCUGAAGCCGGACCAGCAGACGCUGACUUUCCACGGCCUGUCGAGGAGCGGCAACGUCACAGGUCCGCUUAUAUACGCGAAUUACGGGAGCAGAGACGAUUUCAAAAUGCUAAAGGACAAAGGCAUCGAUCUGCAAGGGGCAAUCGUGCUAGUCCGGUAUUACGGCACCGUAGCAGAUCGCGGAAUGAAGGUCAAGCUUGCUGAGGAAGCGGGUGCCGCCGGAUGUCUCAUUUAUUCCGACCCCAAGGAGGAUGGUUUUGUAAAAGGAGAUGUCUAUCCCAGUGGCAGGUGGCGGCCCAAGGACUCGGUCCAGAGAGGCUCCGUCGCCCUCUCCUCCUGGAUUGCGGGCGACGUACUCACACCGGGAUGGGCGUCGACGAUGGACGCUGAGCGAAUCAGCAAGGACAACAAUUCCGCGCUGGUGAACAUCCCAAGUCUACCGCUUGCGUGGCGCGAUGCGCAGAAGCUAUUGCAGUCGCUCAAGGGACACGGCCAGAAAUUGACCAAGGAUUGGGUCGGAGGCGUGCAGGAUAUCGACGAAUGGUGGACCGGCGACCAGGCUUCCCCGGUCGUGCAUCUAAUGAAUGAGCAGGAAGAGGAUGAGAAGCACGACAUCUGGAACGUCCUGGGUGUCUUUGAGGGCAUCGAAACAAAUCAAAAGAAGAUUUACGUUGGCAACCAUCGCGACAGCUGGUGUUUUGGAGCUGCAGAUCCGGGAAGUGGCACCGCAAUUAUGCUGGAAGUCAUCACGGCUCUUGACUCCCUUGUCCAGCAAGGCUGGCGACCCCUGCGCAGUAUCUACUUUGCUUCGUGGGACGCCGAAGAGUACAACCUCAUCGGCUCGACGGAGUAUGUCGAAGACCACAUAAAAGACCUUCGAGAAAACGGCAUCGCCUACCUGAACGUCGACGUUGGUGUCUUUGGCAACAAGUUCCGAGCGUCGGGAUCACCCCUCUUUGAUCAAGCGCUCAAGCGCGUCCUUGGCCGUGUAGCCGAUCCUUACAGGAAUGUGACGCUCUCCGAGGCGUGGGCUAGUGAAGGAGGCAAGCUCGAAGGACUCGACGCGAGCAGCGACUACGUGGCCUUUCAAAACUUUGCAGGCUGUUCCAGCAUCGACAUUGGCUUUGAGGGGCCUGAAAACGGCUAUCCCUUACACAGUUGUUACGAGACAUUUGACUGGAUGUCUGAGUACGGCGACCCGGGAUUCGUCUACCACGCGGCACUCGCCGAGGUCUGGGUCUUGCUCAUCCUCGAGUUGGCGCAGGAGCCCAUUUACCCGUUUGACGUCAAGGCUUACGGCUCGGCCAUGCAAGGCUACAUUAAGGAUUUGCAAAAGUACGCGGUCAGCAAGGACGCGACGGAGGGCAAGAAGCUCGACUUCAAGGCGCUGUUUGCGGCGGCCGACGGGCUGGAGAAGAAUGCAGAGGAGUUCAGCGACUUUGAGGACUGGUGGUACACGCAGUUCAGCGCGCGGGCGGGCUUUGAGACGAACACAAUGGGGGUGCAGCGGCUGACGCACAACGAGCACCUGAGCAGCUUCGAGACGCAGCUGCUGGACCUGCCGGCCGACGCACACAAGGACGACGGGCAGCAGCACGGGGUGCCGGGCCGCGAGCAGUACAAGCACGUCGUGCUGGGGCCGGCGGCGGACAGCGGCUACGCGGAGGCCGUGUUCCCGGCGGUGCGCGACGCGGUUGAGGCGGGUGAGUGGUCGUUGGCGCAGCGGCAGAUUGAGAAGGCGGCCAAGAUUAUUGGCAAGGCGAGCGACAAGCUGCUGGAUUGA